CCCCACGAAAAAAACCUCGAAACUCGACUGGAUCGCCGUCUUGGCGCUUGCCUAUAUUGAUGUCGGCGUCACUACGAGUACGCAACGCGGAUAAACCGAAAACAACCUUUCAGUGAGGUGAAGGGCCGAGCCGGGUUAAGGUUUGCGAGGAAAACCUCGGGAAAAUCGACUGGUGAAAUGUGAAAAUUAAACGCCGAACGCGUGAAACAUCACGCACAUGUCAACUCCGUUCCAAAAACAAAUGCAAACCCGUUUCUAUCGUUAGAAACUAGCCAACUGUCCAGUAGUUAGCGUCGAAGUCAAUUAAUAUUAAGCUGGUGCUCUUUGUUUUUCGUGUAUUUUUUUUUUUUGGAAUUUGAUAAAUGGUGCCUACGCGAUAAGUUAAGAUUUCAUAUGCGGAAUCUGUGCUAUUGCUAUAGUGAAUUAGAUAAAAAAACGCACAGAUCGCUUCAGCAUUCAAUCUCGCCCAGUGGCGGGUAUCAUCCACCAAAACGAUUCAGUCUUUGAUAUAUUUCGUGCGCUUCGUGUGGGAGGCCGUCAAGCUGAAGCACGACAAGGAAUACGACCUCCUCAUACUCGACUACGAUCCCCUGAUGGAAAACACAGAGACCGAAGACGAAACGGGUUGGAAUUGCAGCGUCCAUCCCAGUGUCUUUUUUCUUUUAGGUACUCUAGUAUUAUCUACAUGUGCUACAGGUAUGCUGUGUGCUGCCAUUAUGACAGAUCACUGGGAAGAGGUGACCUGGGACAAACCUACUCUUGAUUAUUUAGCAAACAGUACGGUUCGUCUUCAGUGGCUUUUAGAUAACACCGUAGCUAAGGUUACAACAAACGACUUGAAGAGUAGAACCAUAGCUUACUUAGUGCCAAUGCAUGGUGGUAUUUGGACACUUUGCGUCAGCUUAACAGAUGAAGAGAUUACUCUUCUUGGCAGAGUUGGUUUUCCUUCUGUCCAGUCAUGCGUAAAUUAUUUGUCGGGAGGAAUAGAAGGUAUAAGAGGAUAUGAACCAAGGACCGACUGGCAGCACAGAAUGCAGAAUUUGUCAAUAUCUUGCGCUUUGGUAUGUCUCAUAGUCCUGGGCAGCGCAGCUCUUGUAGGAGCCUUUGGAGUUUUUCAGCACCAAAUAAGCGCAGUUCUUGUCACCGGAGUCAUGUAUUUAUUAGCAGCAUCGUUCGCCUUGUUCACUCUAACCAUAAUACACUUCAAGCGAUUGCACAGCAAACCUCACUUUGAAGAUUCGGGAGGUGCAGUAGACGGUGUCAUCAGUCCAACUGGAGGAAGAGGAGUCAAAGAAUUGCUACCUGCCAGAGUGUUCACGACAUCAUGGUCGCUGGACCUCGGAUGGGGAGGAGUGAUGUUGUGUGUGAUGACUUCUGUACUUUGGAUACUACUAUCAAAAAUAAUGAGAUUCAAUCCUAUAUCGAGUAUGAUCAACUAUUGAAAUGGCCAUUCAGGAAGAAAUGAUAAAGAAAAACAACGAUAAUUUUAUGACAUUUAAAUUUCACUUUCCAUGUUUCUUUAUAUUGUCAAUAUUAAAUAAAUGUUGGAAUUAUAAA